UUCUUCUGGGAUUCCAAGGCUCCAGGCAGAUGAACGUUUUGCAGGCUGCUUUCCAACAACAGGACCUGCCCAGCUGUGACACCAUGCUGAAAGGGCCUGUUCCCAUUGUGCCUCAGUGGAAGGAGCUCCAGUACCAACUCAGAGAGAGGCUGAAACUGCAAAAGGGCUUGCCGGAAGGAACCGAAGGCACCCCCUUCCUCCUGAGCGACAGGCCCAGCAUUGUUUUCCGGGACAGCUGCUUCCCCAGCCACAUGCCGAUCCUCUGCCCUUACACGACCGAGGGGGGGAACUUCUUUGCGUCAUUCACCUGGAAGAGGGCCAGAGGGAGCAAGGUGCGUGUCUGGAGUUACAACAUGGAGGAUGAGACUUCAGUGACAGAGAAAGAAUACCCCUUAGAUGAGAACCCGGUGGUCCUCACCAUUAUCCAUGUCCCCCAUGUGCACCUCUUUGUGGCCUACUGUGAUGAUAUUCACUUUCGCUUCUUUGGCGACCACACUCAGGACUUCAAGCUCCUCUCCAAGAUGACUUCCCCCUAUUCAGUCACCAGCCUGUGUUACAGCCCUGAGACACGUGAACUGGUUUCUGGUGCCAUUGGUGUGGUGGUGUUUUGGACCUUUUUGAUGCUGGAGGUUCCCUAUAUGAGUGUUACGCAGGAAGUGUAUGUUGCAACUGGUGAGUUUGUGCACUUUCUCAGGGUGGAGCAGGAGCGGAGAAUGCUGGUGGCCCUGUGUGAGAGCAUUAUUCGUGUGUAUAACUACCAAACCAAAGCCCAGAUCCGCACCUUCCAGGUGAGCCAAGGCGUGUCCCUCACUUGCUGUGCUGCCAAUUGGCCCCAGAGUUUCCUCUAUACAGGAGACUUGGCUGGUGAUGUCAAGGUAUGGAACUUUGAUGCCGGGACCCAUGUCAACCAAUUCAAGGCCCACCUGAGUGCCAUUAGCAGUAUAAUCAUCCGGACUUCAGUGCACACCCUCAUGACUGCAUCCCUGGAUGGAAUGCUGAAGGAGUGGAACCUGACUACCUGUGAGCUUCUCCGGCGGGUGGACAUUGGAGAGGAAGUCUUUCAGAUGCAGUUCCUCAAUGAGCAGACUUUCUUCCUCCGUACCCAGUAUACAUUCUCCAUCCGUACAGUCAAUAAUUUCUAUCAGCUUUUCAACAGAAGCAAAUCAAUCCUCAAGAAGUUGGUGCGGGUACAGUGUGAACCAGACAAAGCCCGCAUCCUGGCCACCACUGAAGAUGGAGUCAUCCGAUUCUUAUCCCCUGUUACAGGAGAAAUGCUGUUUGUUACCUGGCCCUUCCAGCUGCUAGAAAAGGCACUCGACUAUGUUUAUGACCCAGAUCGGGAGGAACUACUGGUGACAAUGGGCACAAGCGACAUCUAUGUGUUGGAUACCACCAAGAACCCUUGCCCAGCCAAGUACAUCUUGCGCACCACAGAGAGUGUGGAUGACAAGGUUCUGUGUUUGGCCUACAGCCGUCUGGAGCUGGGUGGCCGUACCACCAGCUUCAUCUUCAGCGGGUUCAAGAGUGGUAAGGUGCGCUCUGUCACCCAGCAGCUGUAUCGUAUGGGAGGUCGCAAACUCCACGAUGGCAAUGUGGUGGCCCUCACCAGCCUGUCAGACUCUGGGAACCUGUCUUAUAAUUCAAGGGAAUCUUCCUACCUCUGCUCCUAUGGACUUGAUGAAUAUAUAAUCCUCUCAGAAGUGUUCUUAAAGAAGAACAGCCUCCUGGAGGUGGUCCCUUUGGUUGUCAUUCCCAGCACCAACUGCCGGAUCAACAUCCUCUUGCUCAUCCCUGGCUACAUCUGUGUCUUGACAGAGCAGAACCGAGUCCGGCUAUGGCGCCAGGCAGCCCUGGUUCCUGGCCAGAAGAACCCCUUCUGGAAGGAGACUGUGGCCAUGCAUUCGAGCACCAUCACUUCAUUUGACUACUGCCAUACGCUUAGCAUAUUGGUGACCGGUGGCUCUGAUGGCUCUGUGCGCAUUUGGGACAUCCUGGGAAAAAUGUUGGUGGAGUUUGACACCACCCUCAAAUUCAACCGAGUCUGCUUUGCCAACCAACGGGGGGACUUGGUGGUUGGCUGCAACAUGAACAUCUAUUUCAUCUCAUGUGUUACAUACCUACCAAGGAAGCAUCUCACCAUGCUGUUGACUCGCUGUGUCAUGGAUGACGUGGUUGAAUACCCACUUCCCUUCCUUCCCCGCUUCCUCCUUAGCUUUGAUAUCGUUUUUGUGCCCAAGAAGCAGGAAGAGCCUCAGACCUGGUACCGCCAGGUGGGCAAGCAGGCCAAGAAGUAUGAGCGGCUGGAGCCCAUGACCAACCACAAGGAGGUGGUGAUUGAAAAGAAUGUGGCCAAGGUAGUGGAGUUCAUUGGCAAGGAUGUGAGCGUCCUUCCUGGCCGUGAUUUCUACGAGCCAUCCUUGCCACUCCUGAAGGAGAUGCUGCCAGGGUUUGCAGUGGAGUACCAGCUCAUUCCACAGCCCAGCCUCAAGCCCUCUUUGGAGAAGAAACUUGCUUCACCACCACCUUACCGUGGCCUCCCACGGAUGGUGGAGCACAUCCCCUUGCUCCAGACACUGCGUUUCCGGGAGGGGCACUCCUGGCCGAUCGCUCCUGAUGGCUAUAUCCCAAAUUCAGUUAUCCGGGCUCAGCUGUUUCCAACAGGGACUCCUCCGGAUCUCCAGUGCCCCUUGCUGUCAAGCAGGGAUCCCUUGCCAAAGAGGAAGAUGAUGAAGAUCCAGAUGUCAGAGUGGGAUAAAUCUGAGGGGGUUCAGAAAGCUUGGAAGAAAAAAGCCCAGAAGAUGAAGAAAACUCCUUCGACAACCAAGCGCCACCGGGACCUGCUGGCAGAGAUUGUGACCAAGCCCUGGUUGAGGCAUAAGCCCAGCGACACCAGCUUGCCCUCCGUCAUGAAGGCCAUUUUAAACCUCAUGGAUGAUGUGCCCUAUUCAACAUACUUGCUGUGUACCUCUGCUCUCGUCCAGCUUUCGGAGUCUUACACGUUGCCAGCCACCAUACAGGAAGUGGCCUUUGAGCGCCUCAUCCAGGACACAAGUCACAAGGAGGCGAGGAUGAGACUGGCAGCCUGGGAGGCCUUGGGGAAGAUGGACCUCUUGAGUGAACAAGAGGUGGUACCGCUGGCUCGGGCCCUGCUGGAUGAGAACAAGAAAGUGCGCGACCUGGCUCGUUCCUUGCUCGACUCGGUGGCUGGCAUCACUGACAAAUUCGUCCUGAAAAAGGAAAUGCAGCGGCUGGCGGAAACCAGCUUGGAAGACAUGACGGUGAUGAGGCAGACAGAAAAGGGGGCUUUCCCUCGCAGGGUGCGUGCUGCCGGCAUCAUAGCAGAGUCCAAGGAUGAAGCAGUACACGCCUUGACCGAAGGCGCGGAGAGGCUGAUGAACUGUGUAGAGAAUCAGCUGACGGCCAAUCUCUUCCUAAUGAGCGAGUGCCCUCUGCCAGAAGCCUCACUUGUGGGAUACCCUCCCCCUUCCCGGCGCAAGCGCCUCUCUGCAAAGCCGUCAGAGGAGUACAGAGAGCCAGAAAGCCCAGAGGCAGCUCAGGCCCGGUGGCUGGGGCUCUUCGGACAGCCCCAGAAGAAAGGGGCUGAGGCUGAAGCUGGCGCUGAGGAGGCCAAGCAGCGCACCCCGCAGAAGCUCCCUCGCAUCCAGCAGGCCCGAGGGAAGGGGGUCACUAUCCCUCUGCCCAGCGAAGCGGUCCCCUCCGAGAGCAGCAGCAGCAGCCCCAGCCAGAGCAGCCCUGGCAGCACCUCCCCCACCACAAGCAGUGCCAGCAGCAGCGCCACGUGGCGGGAGGUGCGGCGCACGAAGAAGGAGCUCCGAGGACGGGAGCAGCUGCGGCAGCCCAAGGCCCUGCGCACACCUUCCGAAGAAGCCCACAGGCUCAGGAAGGGGCGCAAGGAGCCCCAGCCCAUCCUCCUGCAGCGCCGAGACACCCGCACUCAGCUGUACACGGAGAUGCUGAAGAAGGCCCGGAAGGACCAGCCCGCGGUGGCUGCGCCAGCAGAAGCCAAGGUAGUGAGCAGCCUCGUGCAGGUCAAGGCCAGCCAGCCUGAGCUGCCCACGCUGCCCCCGGAGCCCCCUGGGAGGGGCAGCCUCAUCGACCCGCAUCGGCAGUAUGGGGCUGACAAAUCCAAGUGGCGCGACGACCUUUACAAGCUAAUGAUGCUUCGCAUUGCCCCCUCGGUGGAAGGGCGCACUGCAGCAGAGGACUUCCUGGCCUCCGCCCGAAUAGCCCUCACUGGCCAGACUGUGUCCUGGGAGGCCUUGGCCAGCCUCAACCGGGCCUUCCUCGCCUCCCAGGAGAGGAUGGCCGCAGAGGCCCCCGGCUGGAAGCAAUAUAUGGACAACUUCCUGAAGGCUUCACUGAAGGAGUCCUGGCUCCAGCCUUCCGUGGAGAGCUUGGAGACGGUCGUGGCUGUGAGGACAGCCGCUGACCUGCUCAGCAGCUCAGAGACGGAUGUUCUGAGCCCCGACCUCAGCCAGGAGGAGGGAGGCGAGGGCGAGGAAGCUGCGGAGGGAAGGGUGGCAAAGAAGAAGAAGAAGAGGCUCGAGCAGCCUGGAGCAAAAGCGGGCAAGGCACCCAAAGUGGCCUCUGAAAAGGAGGGGAGGCGGGCUGCGAAGCAGGCCGAGAGGUGGGCUGCGAGGACGGAAGAGUUUGCCCAACGGAAGGAGCAGGAGUCGGUGGUUGGGAGUAAAGAGCGGGGGCUCGCCCAGAGCAAAGAGGAAUUGCCUCCCAGGGGAAAAGAAGGGGAGCCCACCCCGGGUAAAGAAGGGGAGCUCCCCCGAGGCAGAGUACGGGAGCCCAUCAGGCUGAAAGAACGGGAGGCCCCUGAAAGGGAGGACAAAGAAGUGACCAAGCGGAAGGCCGGACGACCUGCUGGCCAGGAAAAGGUGUCGGAGGGCACACUGGCUGACAUGCGGGCAGAAGGCAAGGCCAGAAUGUUAGAUGAACUGAAGGCAAGAGCUCUGGUGGAAGCAGAGAGGACCGCCCUGGAAGAGGUGAAAGGGAGAGCCCUGGCCGAAGCUCGCGAGAUAGCCCUGGCCGAGGCCAGAGACCGGGCACUGCUCGCGGCCCGAAAGAAGGCCCUGGCCGAAGCUUGGGAGAAGGUGCUGGCAGAAGCACAUCAGAAGGCGCUGGAGGAGGUGAUGGAGAGGGCACUGCAAGAGGCGCAGGAGAUCGUCCAGGCCGAAGGGCUGGAGGGGAAAAUGGCAGAGGAGAGGGUACAAGAACUGGCCUUGGCAAUCGCCAAGGAGCUGGCCAAGGACAGGGCCAAGGAACUGGCCGCGUCCACCAAACUCGAACCAGAUGAGGCAAGGGUUUUGGAGCUGGCCGAGGAAGAGCCCAUAGAAAUAGACGAGAUGGCGCUUCUGGGGCUAGCGGAGGCAAGGGCCCAGGAACUGGCCAAGGCAAGGGCCCAGGAACUGGCCGAAGCGGCGACGCUGGAGGUGCCCGAGGAAAGGCUCACGGAGCUGGCUGAGGUAAGAGCCCAGCUCCUGGCCCAGGCAAAACAGAUGGAGAAGGAGCUGGAGCUGGAGGAAGAAGAGCGGGCAGAGAGCAGGAGUGCAUUUUUCUUUGACGGAGGGCCAAUGGGCUCCCUGGAGGCCCUCGACGACGAGAGCUUUUGGUUCCUCUCCGAAGACGAAAGGGACGCCCUGGUGACCAUGUGGGAGAUGGACCUGGCUCCGGAGUCAGAGCCUGAGCUGACCGACCUGGCCCAGCUGUUCCUGGAAAUCCUGACUGAACCGGAGAAGCUGCAGAGGAAGGAUUCUUCCACCUUUCAGCAGCUCUUCCGAGUGGCGUCCCUGCUCCGGGUCACCUCAACAGCAGACAUCCAGGAGCUGGCUGAAGCUCUGCUCCAGAAAGCUGAGGAACUGCUAAAGGAAGCUGAGGAGAGGCCAGAGUCCUUGUCUGAAGAAGAAGGGUCGGUGUUUGCCCGUCUCAGGAAAGCGGUGGAGGCCCAUAAGCCCUGGAGCACCAGCCCCCAGCAGUUGGCUGCCCAGAUGAAGAAGCUCCUGAAGUCCGCCCUGGCUGUGCUGCAGGCCAGGAACCUGAAGAGAAGGCUGGCCAACGCUGCCCAGCGGAAGGCUUGGCAGCAGAAGGCCGAGAAGGACUGGGAGCGGGAUGAGGGCCGGGGCCGGGGCCUGGGGCUGGGCCGGAGGGCCUGGGCAGCCAAGAAGCUCAAGCAGGCCUUUGGGAAGAUCCAGGCUGAGCAGGAGAGGGCUCGGCGGGACAGGCUCGAGCAGCAGCGAAGGGAGAGGCACCUCAAGUUCAGGUCACGGCCCAUUGUCUUGGGCUUCCCCGAGGGGGCAGACCAGGGGAGGGACAAGGAGAGGGGGCCAGGGGUAGGGAAGGAGGCGGAGGAGGAGGAGGAGUGGGGAGAGGGAGAGGGUAUGGAGGAGGGCAGGAGGAGAAAGUCCGUGGCAAAGGAAAAGGCAAGGAGGGACCGUGGGAAGCUGACGUGGUCCAUGGGCCAACAGUGGGAGAAGGCCUGGCACGCCAUCCUGCAGAUGGAGGAUGAGCUGGCCCCAGCCUUGGCGGUUCCCCGGCCCAAGCGGUACCGCCUGCCCAAGGACGCUCUGUACAAGACGACCAAGCCCACCUUACGUCUCCAUCGGAGAAUGCUCAGUCCAUUGUGUCCAUGA